UGUGAUUGGUUCAGUCUGUGAUUUACACGAGCUCCACCCACUCAAGCUGCAAAGAUACUGGACUGCCAAACAAUCAGUUUACAGUCUACUACACAGUGAGCCAACAUGACAGCGUUCCUGCUCCUGUUGCUCCCUCUGUGUGCUGCAGCUUCAGACCAACAUGUGACAGUGCACCCUGGAGAUGACGCCACUCUGCCAUGUGAGGCUGGUAAUGUCUUCAUCAGAGCUGUAGAGUGGACCAGACCUGACCUGGAGCCACAGUACGUCCUCUUUUACAGAGACGGACACUCAGACCCAAGGGAACAGCAUCCAUCCUUUACAGGCAGGGUGGAGCUGGUGGACAGAGAGCUGAAGGACGGAGACGUGUCUUUAACUCUGAAGAAUGUGACCAGCAGCGAUGCUGGAACAUACGAGUGUCGAGUCGCAACAGGUGGAUCAAGACGCAGAAAGAGAGCCAUCAUUAAGACUGAUCCAAUCACAGUCAUCCACCUGGAGGUUAGAGGUGCAGAGAAGGAACACUCCAUGGGUGGAAACAAAACGAGUGAACACCCCACAAAUGCAACCUCCUCUCGUGGAUACAUUGGAGUGGUAGUAGGAGUUGGUGUUGCUGCAGUGCUUUCUGUAGCUGCUGGAGUGUCUUAUGCUGUCUGGAGAUAUAAGAGCCACAAUGACCAAAGAUCAGAGCAGUCCUCUCUUAAAGGGAGUAAAGAUCCACUCAUCUAAAAUAUCACAGACACUUUUCUUUCUGUCUGAGUGUGUGAGCUCAUGAGUCCCUCUGCUGUCUGUGACUCUUCAUCAUGAUGGUCUGUUUCAACCAAUCACGUCUCUGCUCCAUGACUCCCCGCCUCAUCAUGUGCAGUGUGUGUGCAUCUUUGCUUCAUCCUGUUUGUUUGUUUGUUUGUUGUCAAGUCAACUUUGUUUGUGUAGCACUCAACACACAAACAGAGUUGAUCCAAAGUGCUCCUGCAGCACACACACACACAGAAACAACAGAAGCAAAGAAGAAGAGAGAAACACAAACCUGUGUGUGAUAAUAUCAGUAAUGACGACAUCAUAUCACUUCUGCUGUUACCACACCUAUAGUACCGUGUUCUUCUCCUGUCACCACAGAGUGCCAGUCACACAACACACACAGUCACACUGAUAGAGUACAAGUGUGUUUUAACACAACUCUUGAAAAUCUCAGUGAUGGAGGAGAAUCAGACGGUGGGAGGAAGAGAAAUCCAGAUUUGGGGCCCCGACAGAGAAAGUCCUGUCCCUGUAAUCCUUAGUGCUGAUCUCAGGACAGACAAACGGGUCAGCUGUUAAAUGUUAGAGACCUUUAACUGGAGUAAAUAAUUCUCCCUCCAUGAAUCACUACCUUAUGGUGGUGGAGGGUUUGUGUACCUGUUGAUCCUGGGAGCUGUGUUGUCUGGAGCUCUGAGCUCCUGGUAGGGUCUCCCAUAGCAAACUGGUCCCAGUGGAGGGCCAGACUGAAUGUGAUUCAAAUGUUCAUCCUUAACCAGGGAUGGAAAGACUGGAAUAUUUUACUCCAGUAAAAGUUCUGCAAAUUAAAAACAAAACAUCAAGAGCAGAAAACAAUCAUGUCUCCCACUUAAAUUAUUUGAUUUGUACAAACUUAAUUUAACUUAAAUUUUCAUUUUGGCUGAAUCCUGUUGUUUUAUUUCUCCUGUGAAUAUAAAGACAUUUUACUUCA